UCUCUAUUUUUAUCUUCCACUGCUAAAAUCUGUGUGUUUAAGCAGUGAAUAUAGGAGGAACGAAAUCUGAUCAGAAAAGAGCACGAUCUCACUCUUUUGUUCAACUUGUAAGUCCAAGGCGUUUACCAGACACUGUGAAAGAAACAAAGUUUUUAUUUUUAAGUUUUUUUAUAGAAGAAGAAACUGAACUCAAAGUCUGACACUUCAACUUUGCGUAGUGUCAAAGUUCACAUAUUUUCUGGUUGGGUUAAAUUGAGACAGGAGGAUUUUUAGGCGUGGAUGAAAUUGUUAUGCUGAAUGUUGCUUCCGGUAAGUGGAGUAGGGAUGAAUUCCACAAUGGAUGAUAUGAACCUGAUUCAGCAGAGGCAUCACUUGGUGGUUAGGGAGCUAGGGGAAGAGAUAGAUUUAGAAAUUGGCCCUAGUGAUGAUGAUCCUUCAUUUGCUAACACCCCACUCAUUGGUGGCCCUCCUAGAGAACCUUCUGCAGAAGAGCAUGAUGAGACUAAGAUGGUAAUGGUUUCUCAGCUUCCCAGUGAUGAUCAAGAUAUGUCAAAGUCGCAAGCAGUGAAAAGAAAGAAGAAGGUUGUGAAGAGAUGGAGAGAGGAAUGGGCUGAUACUUACAAAUGGGCUUAUGUUGAUGUGAAGGAAGGGACAGCGAGAAUUUUUUGCUCUGUAUGUAGAGAGUAUGGUCGGAAGCAUAGAAGAAAUCCGUAUGGGAAUGAAGGCAGUCGGAAUAUGCAGAUGAGUGCAUUGGAAGAACACAACAAUAGCUUGCUUCACAAAGAGGCUCUUCGUCUCCAGAUGGCCUCUAAGGAUAAGAUUAUUGUUGACAAGCCAAUCUAUGUUAAAGCUCUUAUGUCAAAAACUGCUGGAUCAAUAGUUGAAGCUGCACUGAAAAGGGAUCCACACGAGGUUGAAUUCAUACAAUCAGUGCAAGAAGUGGUGCAUGCUUUAGAAAGAGUGAUUGCAAAGAAUUCUCAUUAUGUCAACAUUAUGGAGCGGUUGUUAGAACCUGAGCGUAUGAUUAUUUUCCGAGUUCCAUGGGUUGAUGAUAGAGGUGAGACGAAUGUCAACCGAGGUUUUCGGGUUCAAUUUAGCCAAGCAUUGGGUCCAUGUAGGGGUGGUAUUCGUUUUCAUCCAUUGAUGAACUUAAGUAUUGCCAAGUUCCUUGGUUUUGAACAGACUUUAAAGAAUGCCUUGUCUCCAUACAAAUUAGGAGGUGCAGCAGGUGGAAGUGAUUUUGACCCUAAAGGAAAAAGUGAUAAUGAGAUCAUGCGUUUUUGUCAAAGUUUCAUGAAUGAGAUAUAUCGUUAUUUGGGUCCUGACAAGGACCUUCCAUCAGAGGAAAUGGGUGUUGGCACCCGGGAAAUGGGGUAUCUGUUUGGACAAUAUAGACGUCUAGCUGGUCAUUUUCAGGGAAGUUUUACAGGGCCAAGGAUAUUUUGGUCUGGCUCUAGCCUUCGAACUGAAGCUACUGGUUAUGGGCUGGUUUUCUUUGCCCAGCUCAUGCUUGCAGAUAUGAAUAAAGAUCUCAAAGGAUUAAGAUGUGUUGUAAGUGGUUCUGGAAAGAUUGCAAUGCAUGUUUUGGAGAAGCUUAUUGCAUAUGGCGCUCUUCCCAUCACAGUAUCUGAUUCAAAGGGGUAUUUGGUGGAUGAGGAUGGAUUCGACUACAUGAAAAUAGCAUUUUUGAGAGAUAUCAAAGCUCAACAGAGAAGUUUGAGAGACUAUUCAAAGACUUACGCUCGAUCUAAGUAUUAUGAUGAAUCAAAACCUUGGAAUGAAAGGUGUGACGUUGCAUUUCCUUGUGCUUGCCAAAAUGAAAUUGAUCAAACUGAUGCUAUUAAUCUGGUCAAUUCAGGUUGUCGUGUACUAGUAGAAGGUUCAAACAUGCCCUGUACCCCUGAGGCUGUUGAUGUUUUGAGAAAAGCUAAUAUCCUUAUUGCUCCUGCAAUGGCUGCUGGUGCUGGGGGGGUUGUUGCUGGAGAACUCGAAUUAAAUCAUGAGUGUAAUCUGAUCCAUUGGUCACCAGAGGACUUUGAGUCAAAAUUGCAGGAAGCAAUAAAACAGACUUACCAGAGAGCCCUCAAAGCAGCUACUGAUUUUGGUUAUCAAAAGGAGAGUCCUGAAGCUCUGGUACAUGGAGCAGUCAUCUCUGCCUUUUUGACUAUUGCUCAAGCUAUGACUGAUCAAGGAUGUGUAUAGAACCAAAGAAUUAGGCACAAUUACUAUUGUGUUCUCCCUGAAUCUGAUUUCUGUCGUCUGCACAUGUGAAUGUUAUGAAGAUAUGCAUCUCAUGACAGUUGGCAAGCUGAAAAAAAUCAUACCAAUGAUGUCAAAUGGAUUUUGAUAUCCAUACUUCUUGUUGAUGACAGAACAUUGAAAUUAUAGAAGAUUUCUUUGUAACAUAGUUAUAAUGUAAUGGUUGAGACUUUGCAAAAGGGUAAUUGUGGAGAACAAUUGGGAUGCACCUGAUGGAAGAAAAAUGUGUAGUAGAUCUAGUGGUAGAAUAGGAAGGGCUUCCAAUUAUAUGGCAAAGUAAUUAUUCUUGGCUCACUUGAGAUGCCUAAAUAAUUGUUACGAUCUUGUGAAAUAUUUUAGUUAGAUUUGAAAUAAAAUUUAAUUAUAAAUUGUAAUUGA